GCAUAUCCACACUUUCCCCUUUUAUCACUGAUUUACUUCCACCUAUCCUUCUUCACUGUUCCUAAGCAACAAUUUGUCUUCUUGCUCAACAAAUCGGAAACCUUUAUCAAUUUCUCCAGCCCCAAAUUAGCCUCCUCCUAAUGAAAUUGUAAAAAUUAAGAUGAAAACCUCAAAAAGUUGAGGUCUUUCGGUUAAAAUUGUUUUGGGUUUUAAAAGUUUUUGUUUUUUUCUGGGUAGAGUUUGUUUUAAUUUUUAUAUUUAAAAGAUUGAAGUUUUUUGGGGUUUAGUAUAAAAAGAUAUUUAUAAUAUUCUUUCUGAGAAAACAAUCUUCUUUAGCCACCCUUAUCUCUCUCUCUCUAUCUCGGUACUGCCUCUUAUGCUCUCCUCUUGAAAAACCAGGAUUUGGGUUUUCUGCAAGGGACCUAAAGAGAGAUAGAGAGAUAAGAAGGAAAAUACAGAGAUGGAGGCUGUGCUUCAAACCAAAGGGCUUCUUUCUUUUCCACCAAACCCCAAAACGAGAGCUUCUUUAUACCCAUCACAAGGCUUAAAGCAGAGGCUUGUUGCUGCAAAACCAAAAUCCCUACCUGGGUUAUCUUUAUCUUCAAAUGGGUUGCCUAGAUUCCCUAGUGUUGUGUCAAAACCAAUUGGGAUUUUCCCAAAAGAGAGAAAUUUGCAUAUUUGCAGGGCAGAAGCUGCAGCUGCAGCUGAUGGUCAACCGGUGUUUGGUGAAAAAGCUGAAAAGCCUAAAUUUUUGGGUAUUGAGUUAACAACUCUCAAAAAAAUUAUACCUCUGGGGUUGAUGUUUUUUUGUAUUCUUUUUAACUAUACAAUCCUUAGAGACACAAAGGAUGUGUUGGUUGUUACAGCUAAGGGGAGUAGUGCAGAGAUUAUUCCAUUUCUAAAAACUUGGGUAAAUUUGCCCAUGGCCAUAGGGUUUAUGUUGUUAUAUACACAAUUGUCUAAUGUCUUGUCUAAACAAGCUCUGUUUUAUACCGUAAUCGUUCCGUUCAUUGCUUUUUUUGGCGCUUUUGGGUUUCUCUUUUAUCCUCUUAGCAACCAAAUCCACCCUGAAGCAUUUGCUGAUAAGCUUCUCAAUAUCCUCGGUCCUAGAUUUCUUGGUCCUAUUGCUAUUCUGAGGAUUUGGAGUUUUUGUUUGUUCUAUGUUAUGGCUGAAUUGUGGGGGAGUGUGGUGAUUUCAGUGCUCUUCUGGGGAUUUGCCAAUCAGAUCACUACUGUAGAUGAAGCUAAAAAAUUCUAUCCUUUGUUUGGACUUGGGGCAAAUAUCGCUCUAGUUUUCUCAGGCAGAACAGUGAAGUACUUCUCUAAUUUGAGAAAAAAUUUGGGUCCUGGAGUUGAUGGUUGGGCCAUCUCCCUCAAAGGGAUGAUGAGCAUUGUGGUGUUGAUGGGGCUUGCAAUCUGUUUCCUUUACUGGUGGGUGAACAGGUCGGUUGAACUCCCAACUCGUAGCAAGAAGAAGAAGGAAAAGCCGAAGAUGGGUACAAUGGAGAGCUUGAAAUUCCUGGUGUCUUCAAAAUACAUUAGAGAUCUUGCCACUUUGGUGGUUGCAUAUGGUAUUAGCAUCAACCUGGUUGAGGUUACCUGGAAAUCUAAACUCAAGGCGCAGUUCCCUAGUCCAAAUGAAUAUUCGUCUUUUAUGGGCGACUUUUCAACAGCCACUGGAAUAGCAACAUUCAUAAUGAUGCUUCUUAGCCAAUAUAUAUUUGACAAGUAUGGAUGGGGAGUAGCUGCCAAAAUCACACCCACUGUCCUGCUGCUUACAGGAGUGGGUUUCUUUUCACUGAUUUUAUUUGGCGGCCCUCUUGCACCUGCUCUUGCACAGUUUGGGAUGACUCCUCUUCUUGCUGCUGUAUAUGUGGGUGCAUUGCAAAACAUUUUCAGCAAGAGUGCCAAGUACAGCUUGUUUGACCCAUGUAAAGAGAUGGCUUAUAUUCCUCUGGACGAGGAGACCAAGGUUAAAGGGAAGGCAGCUAUUGAUGUUGUCUGCAAUCCAUUGGGCAAAUCUGGAGGAGCUCUGAUUCAACAAUUUAUGAUCUUAACCUUUGGGUCUCUUGCAAAUUCAACUCCUUACCUCGGAGGAACUCUUCUGGUGAUUGUGCUUGCAUGGUUAGCAGCAGCCAAGUCUCUGGAUACUCAAUUUACUGCUCUGCGCCGUGAAGAAGAGCUUGAGAAGGAAUUGGAAAGAGCAAGUGUUAAGAUCCCAGUCGUGUCACAAGAAGAAAGUGGAAAUGGAUCACUGACUGGUUCUACCCUCAAUCCAGCAGCGGGUGACUCGACCAGCAGUUCAUCUGAAACAACCCCUCGUAAGGUCUAAGAUAUUCUCUUCCCUCAUUGAACUGGGGCAAGCUGGAAGAAUAAGUGGAGCAAAUGAGAAGCAUCAUUAGGUGAAACACCAACUUGUAGGAUUUAUUUAUAGAAAAGAAUAAUUAGCCAAAGAUGGUAUGGAUUCAACUGUUCUUUUCAUUCAACUGUUCUUUUAAGUCCACUUUUUCCAUGAUGAUGGGCUUAGUUCUUUUACUUCCGGUUCCUGUAAAACUAAAUUUGUUAGAUAUUAAUAGAAAUCUGUUUUUUUCACA